AUGAAUACCACGUGGACUUUAAGAUUCAUCGUUUGCCUCCUUUGUUGUCGAGCAUCUUUGGCAGAACUGAAACUUGUACAGACGAUAUUUAGACAUGGGAACAAAAUGCCAUCGAAUAUCAAUUUUUAUCCCAACGAUCCUUAUAUUAAUUAUACUUACGAGCCAGCGGGAGAAGGAGGUUUAACAAAUGUUGGUAAAACGACCAUGUACAAAGUUGGCCAAUUCUUUCGAGAAAGAUACGAGGAUUUAUUGGGAGAAAUUUACACGAAAGAAAAUAUUUGGUUUCGCUCGGACGAGAUAGAUAGAACUGUAAUGAGUGGACAACUCGUGGCAGCUGGACUAUAUCCACCUUCCAAACAACAAAGGUGGAAUUCAGAUUUGAAUUGGCAACCUAUACCUGUAUGGACAAUGCCAAUUACUAUGGAUUGCCUUUAUAAUACUCAGUAUUCUGCAAAAUAUUAUACGUUGAGAAACAUAGUGGAAAAAACGGACAAAGAUGUGAUACAAUUUGAGAAAGAUAACAAAGAUACUUAUAAAUAUUUGUCCGAACACACAGGUGGUAACAUCACACAAUCAAAUGUGCUUUUAUUAUAUCAAUAUUUAUUCGAUCAGAGAAAUAUUGGUUUAGAAUUACCAGAAUGGACGAAAUCAGUUUUUCCUUACGGAAAACUUGACGAAUUAGCUACAUACGAUAUUUUGAUUCGUACUCGUACUCUGGAAUCGAAGCAAAUAUUAGCUGGAAUAUGGAUUCGCGAAUGGUUGAAUCAUGUUAAUGAUUAUAUAAGCAAAAAAGAUGCGCGAAAAGCGUUUAUGUAUGCGGCGCAUGAUCCAAAUAUCGCAUGUAUACUUUCUGCAUUGGAUAAUUUCGACAAUGAAAUUCCUUACUAUGGUAAUAGUCUGAUGUUUGAAUUACACGAAGACGAUAAUGAAUAUUAUGUUCAGGUACUUUAUAAAAAUAAGGAUAAUAUUCGAGUUCUCAAAUUUCCUAAUUGUGAUAAUAUGUGCUCAUUAGAUGAAUUUAAGAAAUUCGUAAAGCCUUUAAUAUCGAUUAAUAUGGAAGAAAUAUGUGCACAAAAAUAAAGAAAUAUAUAUAAUUUCUUGAAUUUUCUAACCUUUCUCUCAAAUAUAUAUACAUAUAUAUUGUCGCUAUUCUAAAUGGGAAAGCAAACUCGAGAAUUAAUCUUGAUAUUUAUAUCAAGAUAAAAAAUAAUGUGAAUGCGAUGAGAUUGAUCAAUAAUAAAAGGCGUAAAUCUGUUUCGUAUCUUCGAGGAUGUUGGAACGGCUUUUAUUUCGCAAAAAUUUUUCUUUAUAUAAAGAUUAUCAGCAAUUUCGUUUCUUCAAAUUUCACUUGUGUGUUACUUUGGAUUAAUCGGGGAAGUAUCUGUGAAGAAAAAAAGAGGAGAAAGUUGGGGAAAAAAGGGAGAAAGAAUGUAGAUGGAGUGGCUUGACUCGUAAACCAGUCAAAUUUGUCCACACUUUUCAGCCUCCCAGUAUUUAAAGUGUCGUAAAAUACGUCGAGGAAGAAAAGAAGAAGAAGAAAAAGAAGAAAAAUUCCGAGAACGGAAAGAAGUUGACAAGUUUUGUAAAGCAUCCCAACGAUCUAAUUUGUAACGUCUAAUUUGUAAAAUCUUCAUUCUAGAUCAGUGUUGUUUGUAAGAAUUGCAAAUUGUAAAAAUUGCUGUCUCUUUUCUUCUGUCUCAUUACUUUGAUAACAAUACAAUUUAAAUAUGUUUAUCCAUAAUAACAUAAUAAUUUAAAUUUGUUCAUUUAAAAAUUUUCUUUUCAUUUUUUUAACAUAACAAUAAAUAUCCAUUCAACUGCUAUCUCAUUAAUUUGAUAACAUAAAUAUACAACAAUUUAAAUAUGUUCAUCCAAAAAUUAUUUUCUUUUCAUUUUUAAUGUAAUAAUAAUCAACUCCAUUCCAAUAUCCAUUCAACUUCUCUCUCAUUACCCUGAUAACAUAAAUACAAUUUAAAUAUAAUUUAAAUGUUCAUCCAAAAAUUAUUUUCUUUUCAUUUUUAAUAUAACAAACAUUUAUUCAACUUUUGUCUCAUUACCUUGAUAAUUUAAAUAUAAUUUAAAUGUUCAUCCAAAAAUUAUUUUCUUUUCAAUUUUUUGUAAUAACAAGUAUUCAUUCAAUUUCUGUGUAUAUCCUGAUAACAUAAAUACAAUUUAAAUAUGUUCAUCCAAAAAU